UUCUCAAGAAACACACCUUCACAAAACAAAUACAAUUCAGCCCACUUCACAUCCUGUAUAUAACAAAGUCCAGCUCAAGGCUCGUCAGUCAGAACAGAGAAAAACAGCAGGGAACAGAGACAAACAUGAAUCCUGUUGCAGGUGCAGUUGUAGGAGCAGCAUGUGCAGCCGGUGCUGUGGCCUCAGCUCCUUUAGUUCUCGGCGCCGCAGGAUUCACCUCAGCCGGAAUAGCAGCAAGCUCCAUUGCUGCUAACAUGAUGUCGGCUGCUGCAGUUGCUAACGGAGGUGGAGUGGCAGCAGGAAGUGUGGUGGCCCUUUUCCAAUCAAUAGGUGCAGCUGGUGUGUCAGGGGCUACCACUGCAGCUGUGAGCGGUGCUGGAGCAGCAGUGGGAUGGCUGGCUAGCUUCAUCCGUUGAAAAUCUUUAUGGAUUCAUAAAUUGACUUUUAUCAAACGGAAACAAUUGUAAAUCCUGUCACUCUGAUAAAGCAAAUAACAAAGCAGCAUUUUUGUGUUUGAGACAGCUGAAAAGUGUGCUUGUGAGCAGUUACCUUAAGUGUGAGAAGAUAUUACAUCACUGAAUGGUGAAACUUUAUGAAAAGAAAAGCAACCUAAAUAAAUGCAUUUGAAAGGUUGAA